CAUACGUCCUUCAGCUCUCCUGUCGAUAUGGAUAAACUGACUAUCAUUUCUGGGUGUCUGUUCCUGGCAGCAGAUAUCUUUGCAAUAGCCAGCAUUGCAAACCCGGACUGGAUCAACACCGGUGAAUCAGCAGGUUCCCUCACAGUCGGCCUGGUCCGGCAGUGCCAGACAAUCCACGGACGAGACCGGACUUGUAUCCCGCCUCGGCUGCCUCCAGAGUGGGUCACCACACUGUUCUUCAUCAUCAUGGGCAUCAUCUCCCUCACGGUCACCUGCGGACUGCUGGUGGCGUCACACUGGCGCCGAGAAGCCACCAAAUAUGCUCGCUGGAUCGCCUUUACCGGCAUGAUCCUGUUCUGCAUGGCGGCGCUCAUCUUCCCAAUAGGCUUCUAUAUCAACGAGGUGGGAGGUCAGCCGUACAAGCUGCCCAACAACACGGUGGUGGGCUCGUCCUACGUGCUCUUCGUCCUCUCCAUCUUCUUCACCAUAGUCGGACUGCUGUUUGCAGGGAAGGUUUGCCUCCCGGGCUGAGGACUCCACCGCGCUCGCCUCUGGACUGACUCGGGAGGCUCUGAAAAUUUUAUGGGAUUUACAAAAACACAAUGACUGAAAAUCAAAAACAACAAACUCUGGCCGGAAGCCUGAAACGUGGGGAAGUCUGUGCUUCAAGGGACCGCAGGACCGUGGAACUUCUAAAAGAUGAAUAAGACGCUAAAACGGAACGUGGAGGAGCGGGAGAGGGCACCCUGCCGCCGUUGAUUUAAAACAUGGCCGCCUCUCUGUUGUCGUUCUACUGGAAAAGGGUGCUUCGUGUGCCGCUGCCAUGGCAACCGUGGCAACAAUGCUGGCGCACAUUUGUGGAGGACCGCUGCAGCCGCUCCUCGACUCGAUUCCCGGCCGCCCGCCUCGCCGCCUUCAGCACACAUCGCAGCCGCUCCUGUCGCUAUUCUCGGCUUCUCUUCGCUAUUUUCAGUUUUGUGUUCUUCUGUUGUUGUACAAUUUGUGUUCUUUUCUUUUCCUCCCACCACCACAACCACCACCGCCACCUUUCACUGAAGUAUGUUGUCCCGACCGGAGGGGAGGGUUUGGGGGAGGAGAGCAGCUGUGAUCCGGCUCACCGGGGAGGAAGAUGUAGGUGUUCUUCCUCCUUGUCUCCAGGAGCAGGUAGCGGCGAGGGGGAGCCUCCCUGAACCAGAGAGGAGAAUGCCACUCAGUGUCAGACCGUGCAUAAUGUUAUUUAUAUGGACCAGAAGCAUUAGUGAGCGCAGACGGCUCUCCUGCUCAGCUGAACCCAUUGCGCUGAAUCACAUCCAACAACUAGAAGACUGUGAAUUUAGAAGAAGAAUCAUCUGAACACACAUCCUGUAUUUGUAGUAGUUCUGUUAAGUGCAGCCACGUGCACAGUGGCCCUUUCAAAGUAUUUUCUGAGAAUGUGGUGUUACGUUUCCGGGGGGGUUGAGGUGGACCAGCAGACAGUAUUGAGAUUUACAAAUAGAAUAUGAAGUUACACACACUAUUUUUCAAAAGUUUGGGGUCACUUAGAAAUGUUUUGACAGAAAAAACUGUUUUUUUUUUUCAAUGAAGAUAACAUGAAUUGAUCCAUAAAUCCAGUCUAGACGUUGUUCAUGUGGUAAAUGACUAUUGUAGCUGGAAACAGCUGAUUUUUAAUGGAAUAUCUCCAUAGAGGUACAGAGGAACAUUUCCAGCAACCAUCACUCCUGUGUUCUAAUGCUACAUUGUGUUAGCUAAUGGUGUUGAAAGGCUAUUUGAUGAUUAGAAAACCCUUGUGCAGUUAUGUUAGCACAUGAAUGAAAGUGUGAGUUUUCAUGGAAAACAUGAAAUUGUCUGGGUGACCCCAAACUUUUGAACAGUAGAGUAGGUCAACUUUAAGUCAUUUAGAGCAACUUUAACUCAUUCAAAAGUUUGGGGUCACUUAGAAAUGUCCUUAAGCAAUUUUUUUUCAAUGAAGAUAACAUUUAAAUGAAUGAUAAAUCUAGUCUAGACAUUGUUAAUGUGCUAAAUGACUAUUCUAGCUGGAAACGGCUGAUUUUUAAUGGAAUAUCUACUUGGAGGCCGAUUUCCAGCAACCAUCGCUCCUGUAUUCUAAUGCUACAUUGUGUUAGCUAAAGGCUAAUUGAUUAUUGGAAAACACUUGUACAGUUAUGUUAGCACAUGAAUAAAAGUGUCUGGGUGACCCCAAACUUUUGAACAGUAGUAAAAAUAACGCGUGAAUGCUGAAAGUCGGUGGUAUUCUCCUUUAACGUCGGACAGUAAAUCAGCGAGCCAGGAGUGUUUUGUUUGGGUUUUUUUGUCUUGUUUUGUGCACUGGGACUGCAGGUCAGGUCCAUGCGUGGGGCUGGACCUCAGUGUGCUGCUGGAGAGCUCUGUGAUCGACACACACACACACACAACAAAACAUACAAACACUGCAUAAAUUGUCAUAUUAAAGCUGACGAUUAUUUUCAUUCCCAGUUACACUCUUCAUUAUUUUAGAAUUUCAUCACAGUCUUAGGUUGUUUUUGGUCUCUUCAUACUAAGAUAAAUCACCACAGCAAAUAUAACCAACUGGUAAAGCUGCAUAGUCACAUGUUGACGGACGAUUUACCAGUUUUCCCUGAACGCCUUACAUGCAGGCUGCAGUUCACCGGCCAAUCAGCCGCGCACAGAGAAGCUUCUAGUCUCCCAAAUCAGUGAAAAAAGUAAAAAUAAUGCAUUCUAAUGUAAUCACAAUCACAAAUUCUGACUUCUUACAGUGGAUUUGCCACAAUAUUAACCUUUUAAAUGCGCGCCGCUCUUAGAAAACCACCUUGUAAGCUUGUUUUAGCUUGUCUAAAUCUGACUUAUUUGACUCUUUGGCUGCUGGAUUAGAAGCUUCUCUGUGGACCACUAACUAGCCAGUGUACUGCAUGGGAGGCAUUUAGAGAAAACUGGUUAAUUCUGGUGUUUUUCUAACAAGCUGAUGUUCUUUAAAUAAGAGAUUUUGAGUAUAAUUUUAAUUGUAUUUUGCUCUUUUAGGAGAUGCACUGAAUUCAGAUGAAGGAAAACCAACUUAAAGUCUUAUUUUGAUGCUAAUCUUUGUACAUUAGCAUAAAAUUCAGUACAACACGGACUUAAAGCAGUUUAUGAAAUGUAAAAGUGACAUAAAAAUCUGACUAAAUUAGAAAAAAAAAGAAAAAAUUGUGAUCUGAUAUUAAUCAAAAUAAUCAUGAAUAACAUUUUGAAGAAGCUGUUGGAGAUGUAAACAGGAAAUAUGUUGAAAUGGAGCACGCUAGCAGUGAGCUUGGUGGAAUUCACAUCACUGGAAGAAAGAAAGAACGAAAGAACGAUCCUUUACUAGAUUUAUGUCAAAGAAAACUUGAAAAAAUGUGUUUCACAUCCUCUUUUAUUUAGAUAAAAAGUAGAAUUAAGAUUCGACCCAGUAAAAUUUCUUCCAUCUCUGAUAUAAAAUUUUUCCAUAAAUAUAAAAAGCCUAUUUACAGGUGACCUUAAAGGAGCUAUUUCUCAACUAAAUAGAUUUUUUUUUUUUAAAUUUAACCCUUUACGUUAACUGUCACAUUCAUAAUUCAGAUGUUAUUCAUUUAGAAUCAGUAGAAAUUUCACCAUUUCUGCCUUUUAAUCAUCUAAACCCCACCAACAGCUUAAAAGAGAAACUGUCUGUAAAAAAUAAUUUAAAAACCACCAAAUUUACACCAUUUAUCAAAACCAGAAUCUGUAAAAAUAAUAAGAAUCAUCAAAUCUUAAACUUUCCAACAGUCUGGGAAAUAAUUAUCUGUGGGAACUAAACCAAGUCUAAGCAUAAAAUUAUGAUAUUUAAUUAAAAUCACUUUAUUCUACAUGCAUCACUUAAAAAAUCCCCCAAAAUAUACUGCCUCCUCUGACUAGAUUCUGUAAAAAAAAUUAAAAAUUGAAAGCCAAAAAAAAAAUACAAACCUCAGCCAAAAAUUCACGGACUACUCGACUGAACUGCAGGCCAUGUAGAUAAAAGACAAAUAUGGAAAUAAAAUAAAAAUAUAAGCAGUAAAAUAUCUCUAGUAGUACAUCAAAAUGUUGACUCCAUUUUUUCCCCCCAUUUUUGUAAAAUAAGUAAUAAAGAAAUUCAACUUUUGUCCUCCUGCUUUUCAGAUUUAUGAAAUUUUAGCUUUACAAAAUACAUUUUUGAGUUUUGUAUAUUUUUAGCCACAAUUUUUUUCCAUUUUUGCAGCUUUUUUACAUUUCCAUGGGAACAUAAAAGCUACUGACACUCUGAAUGUGUGUGUGUGUCGAGCCGAUCACAGCUGCUCCGUCGCCAAGUCUUAGAGUUUUUCGUAUUUCCCGCUCAGCUCCUCUGACGAUGCUAACCGGCUAAACUCGGCGGCGCCCCGUCUCCGAUGGUUUCGUCUCGUGCCAUGACCUGUUUUUGUUUAAUAAUGUACAGACACAAGAGGCAGGAUUUCUGUAUUAGGAAGCACUGUGCAUUCAACAGUAUAGAUAACAGACAUAGAAGCACCACAAAUGUAUAAAAAAGAAAAAAGAGAACUUCUUACCUCAUUGUUUUUUUGUUUCUGCUAUUAUUUUCUAAUGGUGGCAACGUGUGUGCCCUCUAAUUUGUCUCUUGCCUUGAUCAGAUGUCUACACAUAAAGCCUAUGAUCAUAGGAAAUUAUUUAUCACUGAAUAAAAAGAGGAAAUCUG